AUGAGAAUGAGAAUGUCGAUCAUGAGUGUGCGCGCUGCUGGCAUGAUGGCCAUGCUGGGCCUCACUCCGGUGCCGCUCGGUAUUAUGGCUCAUCCCCUCAACUCGACGACCCCAAGCCUCAACGACUGGAUGACCUGCAAUGGCAAACUCUACUUCGGUACAGCCGCCUCCCCCUCUCACUUCGACGACACCAGGUGGAUGGAGAUUCUCAAAAACCACCACCACUUUGGUCAAGUCACCCCGGAGAACUCACAAAAGGUUCGUCCCGUCAUCUCACUGUUCCGGCUCAAGUCACUGACAGCGGCGCCGAAGUGGAAAUCCACAGAACCCGAACGUGGUGUCUUCAACUUUACCACGGCCGAUAUCAAUAUGCGUGAAGCACAGAAAAAUAACCAGCUCGUCCGCUGUCAUACGCUAAUAUGGUACAACGACCUUCCAGAUUGGCUGAGCACGACGACGUGGGACAACGCCACGCUCAUUGCGGUCAUGGAGAACCAUAUCAAGGAGGUUGUAACCCAUUUUAGGGGCCAAUGCCGCUCGUGGGACGUUGUGAACGAAGCCCUCAAUGACGAUGGAACUUAUCGCCAGACCUUGUGGUACAAUACCAUUGGACCCGCGUACAUAUCAAUGGCUUACGACAUGGUUGCCAAGUACGAUCCCGAUGCCAAGCUUUACUACAAUGACUACGGCAUCGAGUCGAUCAACAACAAGUCUCUCGCUGCGAUGGAGCUUGUCCGGGGACUUAAGGACCAGGGCAAUCGCAUUGACGGCGUGGGGCUACAAGCCCAUUACCCCGUGGUCCUGGCUCCAAGCUACGAUGACCAGGUGCAGGUUAUGCAGGCAUUCGCCAAUCUGGGCGUCGAGGUGGCCCUUACCGAGCUCGAUGUCUUCAUCGAGAUUCCAGAAACGCAGUCGCAGGUCGAUACCCAGGCGCAGAUAUACGCAGAUUCCGUGCGCGCCUGUGUCGACGUUCCUGCCUGCAUUGGCGUGACCGUCUGGGGAUUCUACGACCCUUAUUCUUGGGUGAACAAUGAUACUGUUCCCGGAUACGGCGAUCCCGACUUGUGGUGGGCAAAUUACACCACAAAACCGGCCUACACUGCUAUUGGGGACAUCUUGGGUGGCUGCUAG